AUGACACCAGAUUCCUGCCCUGUUCGGCCUGAACCAACACUAUCCUUCACGCAAGGCCUAAUAGUUGGGCAGCUAUCGGUCGUCCUUUUGAUUGCAGCCUUCAUCAAGUUCUUUAUUUUCGGCGAUCCUCCUUCCCCAGAAGAGACGGCAAGCCUACGCGCGAGCGAACGACGAUCCCGCACACUAGCCCAUAAAAAGUCUCUGUUGAGCCUCAGGACAUCAAACCAGCGGCCUGGCAGCCAGCAGCAACAGCAAUCCGUGCUCAAUAGGAAGAAAUCCAGCAUACUCCGAUCCGGCCCACCGUCCCUGACCAUAGGCUCGAUCCUCAACAAGACAUACUACAGAGUUGAAAGCCACCAGCCCGAGAGCUUGGACUGGUUCAAUGUGCUGGUGGCGCAGACUAUUGCUCAGUUUCGCAGCGAUGCCCAGCACGACGAUGCUAUCCUGACCUCCCUGACAAAGGCCCUCAAUGGCACCAGCCGCCCUAGCUUCCUCGACGAGAUCCGCGUCACCGAGCUCAGCCUGGGCGAAGACUUUCCAAUAUUUAGCAACUGCCGCAUCAUCCCCGUAGACGAGGAUGGCCUUGACUUUGGGCCUGGGAAGGCUUUUGAUGCAAACAUGGCGACCCGCGACGGUGGCACCCUGCAGGCUCGCAUGGACGUGGACCUGAGCGACAUGAUAACCCUCGCUCUGGAGACCAAGUUGCUUCUCAACUAUCCCAAGAAGCUCACCGCUGUGCUGCCCGUCGCUCUCGCUGUUUCAGUGGUGCGCUUCAGCGGCACGCUUGCCAUAUCAUUCAUCCCAAGUAAUCCGAGCCAGUCCACGCCAACCAAGAUGGUGUUCAACUUCCUCGAUGAUUACCGCCUGGACUUCUCCAUCCGCAGCCUUGUCGGCAGCCGCUCGCGCCUCCAGGAUGUGCCCAAGAUCGCACAGCUGGUCGAGUCACGGCUUCACCGCUGGUUCGACGAGCGUUGCGUAGAGCCAAGGUUUCAGGAGAUCCCGCUGCCUAGCAUGUGGCCACGCAAGAAGAAUGCUCGAGGUGGCGACGAUGCCAUUGCUGACGUCGAGCGUUCCAUGAGCAAAGCCAAAGGCGCCGAUGUUGCGCGGGAUCUUAGGAGAGAGGUGCUGGUCGAGGCCGAGGCUCGCCAGGCCGCACAGAGGGAUUCCCUUAGAUACAGGAGACCGCGUGCCGACGAUGCUUUUCCUAUGCCGGGAUCUCUGGCUGUGGACGAUUGA